AUGUGCGAGCCACCAUCCGAUACAUCAGAUGAGCAACGUUUCGAUGAAAUGUUUAUUCAUUUGACACCCCGAGGUGCCACAAUUCCUUUUGGUUUAUGUUAUGACUCGCAAGAUAAUCUAUGGGUAAGAAUUCAAAUUUUUGUUUCUCAAAAUCUGUCGAAUUUUCAGGUUGCAACAAAAGGCGGUUUGUUCAAAUUCGACCCGAAAACUCGAAAAACUCUUUGGGAACGAAAAAAUAUUUUCCCGAAAAAGAUGGCUCCUUUCCCGCAAGUAUUCUUCCAUAAAAAACAAAAUCGUCUACACGUGCGCCGAAUUUUCCUAUAAUACCACUGAACUUCGGAUAUUUUCACUAGAAGGAGAGAUUUUAAACGAGUCUUUUAUUGAUGGAUUAUGUAAGUUUUUUAUUUGGAGAAUAAAAACAAUGAAAAAAAAACUGAAAAAUGAUGAUGUUGAAUUUUUGCAGUGGUUUCGAUGACAAUCUCUGAAGAAGGAGAGAUUUUUAUAACAAAAAAGUUGAAUCCUGGAGAAUGCAAAAAUACGAUUUUCACGUGAGUUAUUAGGAAAAUGUUUGAUUUUACGUGGCUUUUCAAAAAAGUAUUUUUAAAAUUAAAGCUCAACUCCUAAUAUGAGUUAUGACGUGGCAAAGUAAAAAAAAUGUUAGCGAAAAAUUAACCUAGCAAAAUAAUUAUCCCGAAAAUUCCCCGACACAGCCUUGCUUUCCCUAUUCAAAAUAAUUUCAGAACUUCAAUUGAUGCUCCAAUUGGUUGGGAUGAAGUAAUAAGUUCAGACAAAGGCGAAGCAUUUUUUGCAAUCUGUUCAAUGUCCGAAGAUAUUCUAGUCGCCGCAGUUUCUAGCCUCCCUGCUCAUAUGAACGCUGCUCAAAAAUUAGUUUAUAUCGAUAUUCCAAGUAGAAAAAUUCGAAAUACAGUGUCGAAAGGUGGAAGAAAUGAUGGUGAAAUAUUUUUCCCUCGUCAAAUUGUGAAAAAUGGCGAAAAUGCAUUGAUGGUCGACAAAUCUGGACGAUUUUUGGAAUUUUCAGCGUCUGGGGAAUAUUUGGGUGUUCGAGCUGAAAUUGAUGCUUUUCUUGCAAAUGGAUUUUGUAUAAAAGAUGAUGAAGCUUUGAUUUCAUUGUCUGGAAUUGUAAGAGAUUCGGUAAGUUUUACAUUUUUGUUUUGAAAAUUCGAGAAUUAUUUUCAGGAUGGUCAAACGAUUUGUGAUGAUUGGCUUGAAUUUAUAAAACUCGACGGAUCUUCUUGGAAAAAGCAGCGAGAAGAGAAAAAGUCACAAAAUGGGUCAAAAUAA